UGGAACGUCAACCAAAAAACGCAGCUCUGAACGCAGACUGGGAGUUGAUUGGGGCUUUGCAAAACAAACAAUCUCAAAUACAAGGUCAUCAAGCAGAACCUUCACUUUGUGAAGACCUACCACCGAUUUCUCUGCCUUCGCACACCAAACUCAAGCCGUCUUUGAAGCGCAAAAUGCC